CUCGAAUAUAAAUGGAGACUUUGAGCUCCACUUCUGCAGAUUGCAAGACCUAACAACAACCCAACACAAUCAUGGGGAAGCUCUCUUUCUUCUCUGUUCUCUCCAUCCUUUCCCUCUCCAUAACCUUAUCGACAGUGACACCACCAAAACAAGCCGCUGCUCUGCCUCUUUCCACCAGUUCACGGUGGAUCGUGGACGAGAACGGCAAAAGAGUGAAGCUAGCAUGCGUGAACUGGGUGUCACAUCUAGAGGUAGUGGUGGCUGAGGGGCUGAGCAAGCAACCCAUGGAUGAGAUUGCCAAGAAGAUUGUGUCCAUGGGAUUCAAUUGUGUGAGACUCACUUGGCCAAUUUUCUUGGUCACUAAUGAUACUUAUGCUUCUCUCACCGUCAGACAAUCCUUUCAAGGCUUUGGUUUGCUUGAAUCCAUUUCUGGCAUCCAGGCUAAUAAUCCCUCCAUUAUUGAUCUUCCCCUCAUCAAGGCUUACCAGGCAGUGGUGUCUAGCCUUGGGGUCCAUAAUGUGAUGGUGAUACUAGACAAUCACAUAAGCAAGCCUGGUUGGUGUUGCAGUAACUUCGACGGCAAUGGCUUCUUUGGUGACACUUACUUUAACCCAGAUCAAUGGAUUAAGGGCUUAACCCAAAUGGCUACCAUUUUUAAUGGUGUCCCUAAUGUGGUUGGCAUGAGCCUUAGGAAUGAGCUUCGAGGCCAGAAACAGAAUGUAAAUGAUUGGUACAGGUACAUGGAGAAAGGAGCUGAAGCAGUGCAUUCAGCUAACCCAGAUAUCCUUGUUAUUCUAUCUGGCCUGAAUUACGACAAAGAUUUGUCAUUCCUGCUUAACCGUCCAGUGAAUUUGACGUUCUCUGGAAAAAUAGUAGUUGAGGUACAUUGGUAUGCGUUUUCAGAUGGGCAGGCAUGGAAAAAUGGGAACUCUAACCAAGUGUGUGGAAGAGUAGUGAGUAAUAUGAUGAGGGUAUCAGGGUUUUUGUUAGUCCAAGGUUGGCCAUUGUUUGUGAGUGAGUUUGGAGUGGAUCAAAGAGGUACAAAUGUGAAUGAUAAUAGGUACUUGGGUUGCUUCCUAGGUGUGGCAGCUGAACUUGACUUGGAUUGGGCUUUGUGGACACUAGCUGGGAGUUAUUAUCUCAGGGAAGGUGUGAUUGGUUCAAAUGAGUUUUAUGGGGUGUUGAAUUGGAAUUGGUGUGACAUUCGGAAUUCAAGCUUCUUGCAACAAAUAUCUGCCCUCCAAUCUCCUUUUCAAGGACCAGGUCUGUCAGACACUAAUCUACAUAAAGUGAUUUUCCACCCAUCAACGGGUCUUUGUGUCCAAAGAAAAUCAAUGAUAGAGCCAUUGAGGUUAGGCCCUUGCAAUGAUUCUGACGCAUGGAGAUACACACCCCAGAAGACGUUAUCCAUCAAGGGGACAUAUUUCUGCUUACAAGCAGAUGAGUUGGGCAAACCAGCAAAACUUGGAGUAAUUUGCACAGACAGUAAUUCAAAAUGGGAUAUCAUCUCAGAUUCUAAAAUGCAUCUUUCGUCUAAGAUUGCCAAUGGCACAGCCAUUUGCCUAGAUGUAGACUCCAACAACACCAUUGUUAUAAAUACUUGCAAGUGUUUGAGUAGAGAUAACAAUUGCGACCCAGGAAGCCAAUGGUUCAAAUUGGUGAACAGUACAAGAAGCUCAACCAUGGCAAAACCCACUAUUCGAAUGAGUUCAAUCUUAGACCUGGAGCCCCCAGUAAUGGAUUUAUUAUGGAAGUUUUAGGGCUCAGCAUAACAGAAGCACUCAAUGGAGCAACUUGACAAGGAAGUAAACAUUUGAACAGUACAAAAUAUUCAUCAUUAUGUGCACAGAUAUUUAAAAGCAACAUAAAAGGUAAUCAGUGGCAACUUGUAUUUAUCAUGUGUACGUCCCAAAGGAACAUUUCAAUGGCUAAAGCAUGAAAUUCAGGCUUGAAGAAAUAAAGGAGGUUUAGGGGUAUUCCAUAGCCCAAACAACAGAUUAUUUGAAGAAGACAGUCUUAUCACAGUCACACACAAAUGAUAAAACAGCAGAUUUCAUUUUGAA